UAAAAUAACUGAUUGAUUAAUGCUGAGUGCUAUCCAUCAUAAUUUCCCUAACUCCUUUCUCUCUCCAAUAUAAAAUCCAAAACAAUCAGUCUAUCUACUUCACUUCCAUACUAACCUCUGUUUUCUCAUAGCAACAAACAAACCCUUUCAAGUUAAAAUGGCAUUGGCAGUGACUCUUUUUUCUUCACUCUUUUUAGCUUUGCUUUUUGCAUCUUCAGCUUUUGCUUCUCUUCAGCCUAGAAUACCAGAAGUUUAUCUUCAAAAUGGAAACUUUGAGGAGAAGCCAAACACAAAAUACCUAAAGAACACAAAACUCACUGGAAAAUUUUCACUACCAAAAUGGGAAAUCAAUGGUUUCGUCGAGUAUGUUUCAGGCGGUCCACAACCAGGAGGCAUGUUUUUCUCAGUAACUCAUGGAGUUCAUGCUGUAAGGCUUGGAAAUGAAGCUUCAAUUUCACAAACUAUAAAAGUCAAACCUGGUCAACGUUAUGCUUUAAUCCUUGGUGCAUCAAGGACUUGUGCACAAGAUGAGGUUUUGAGAAUCUCUGUGCCACCACAAACUGGUGAUGUUCCUUUGCAAACAUUGUAUAGUCUCAAUGGUGAUGUUAUUGCUUGGGGGUUUAAAGCUACUUCUGAUGUUGCUAAAGUGACUUUUCAUAACCCUGGUGUUCAAGAAGAUCCAGCUUGUGGGCCUCUUCUUGAUGCAAUUGCUAUUAGAGAGUUUUACCCUCCAAUGCCUACUAGAGCCAAUUUGGUGAAAAAUCCAAGCUUUGAAGAAGGUCCAUUCCCAAUUUUCAACACAACAAAUGGUGUUUUACUCCCACCACAACAAGAAGAUGCCUUCUCACCACUCCCUGGUUGGAUUGUUGAAUCUCUCAAAGCAGUGAAGUUCAUCGACAAAAACCACUUCAAUGUCCCAUUCGGGCUAGGAGCAGUUGAGCUUGUCUCAGGAAGAGAAAGUGCCAUUGCACAAAUCAUCAGAACAGUUACUAACAAACUCUACAAGAUCACACUCUCAGUUGGAGAUGCUAAAAAUGGUUGUCAUGGAUCAAUGAUGGUUGAAGGAUUUGCUGCAAAAGAAACUUUUAAAGUUCCUUUUAAGUCUGAAGGGAAAGGUAAAUUCAUAACUGUGAGUUUCAAGUUCAAAGCUGUUGCACCAAGGACAAGACUCACAUUUUACAGCUCUUUCUAUCAUACUAGGAUUGAUGAUUUUGGUUCUCUUUGUGGUCCUGUUCUUGAUCAAGUAAUAGUUUCACCUUUGGCUUAAAUAUGAAUUGAGUUAUAUAGACUUUUACUCUAAGAUGUGGUAAUUGAGAUUUUUGUAAGUCACUUGAGUACUGUCUUUUGUAUAAUUGCAUGAAGACUAAAGAUGAUAAUCUCAACUAUUAUUUUUGCUUUCCUUGUGAA